AUGGUGAAUUUAAAACCGGAAACUUCUGAUGGUUUUGCUAACUCACGUCGUAAUCAUCGGAAUUUUGGGUAUAGAUUUGGUAGGGGUCGUGAAGAGAAAAAACAAGUACCCAAUGGUCUGUUACAAUUGGAUGCCUUGGCACAGAGAUCAGUGAUGUUAAUGGAAAAACACGGAUCAACUUCAAACAACAAUUACAAUAUCGCGAUGGAUCUUUUGCGUCUGCAAUACAACCUGAACUUUAUCGUUCUCUGUGAACAGUGCAACGGACCCCACGCAGUUGACGAGUUAUUAGCCCCAGAACGUUAACCUUAAAAAGCAUACAUUACAUGCGAAGACAACAUCUAAGCAUCGCGCUCUCUAUAUUGUUCGAAGACUGUAUCUGUGUUUUAUAAAAUAACAGUAUUAACGAAACAUA